AUGGAUAUUGAAAUUCCAGGAAGAAAUGGCUAUUAAACUAGAAAAUAAGUAAAAUAUAAAUCAUUAUUAGAUCCUUGAAUUGGUUUCAAAUAAGUAAAUGACAGUAAUUUGUCCAGCAUAAGACACAUAAAAAAAUCUUAUAUAAGGUCAAAAGUUGGGAAUCACUUCUUUUCUUCAAAAACAUGUUAAAAAAUGA